GUUGGCAACUAGGAACGCGAGUUCCACUCAUCGAGGGGUGCGUAGAGGAGGGAGAAACUUCAACACUGCUCACCUAGCCACCCGUAUAUGGACUAGCGGAGGACGGCGGCCCGACACAGCACGGGUGGACCUCCAUGCCUCAUGCUUUACAAUUUACCACAAGAAUGCAGAUUACGGAACCAACCAUGGGACUGGCAAGGGACGGAGUAUUUCUCUCACAUCUGGGACUCGGACGAUGCUAUAUCUCAACUUUUAAAACGGGAAGACUAUACUUCUCAAGCAUCCUCACCUUCACCAUCGCCACUGCAGGUCCGAAAUGAAUCGAGUUUACCGAAGAUCGGUGGCUCCUCUGCCGGCUUCAUAGCCGUAGUCGUUGUCCUUGCAUCUAUAGUCAUUCUAUCCUGCAUAGGGGUAUUCUUUCUCCUACGCAACCAUAAUCCAGAUCCGUACGAACGUCACGCUCGUCGUGUGAUGUCCGGCAAACGCGAAACCAGCAUUUAUGAGUUACCCCUUGGGCCACCAGGAAUGCGAGACAAGUUCAAAGGUUUAUUUGGACUGAGGAAGAAACAGGAGGGGUGGGUGAGGGCUAACUCUGGCGACGACGAAUGGGACGCUUCGGAUCUCAACCCUUCCUACGCACCCCGGUUAACGGGACCUAGGGAGAUGCAAGACAGAGGAACAGACGUUACUUCUAGCUCUUUCAUACCUCCGCCAAGGCCACAUAUAGAAAGGAGUGCCACUUCAGACUCGAUCGAGUUAUCCGUACCGCCGAGUCAGGAUCGGUCGCCACCGCUAGCUGUGGAUACCGCGUAUGCACCCACACCCAGCUCGUCUUAUCCGGACACAUUUUCGUCUUCACCCAUGUCCAUGUCCAUGGAGUCGUCAGAGACCGUAGCGUAUAGCGCUCGGCCUGAACCUCGAGAACAUGAACAGUUCUCUGUUCCUUCUGGAAGUCAUACAGGAUCUGUACGAGCUAUGCAGAAGUUUGAAGGAGGCACCAAGUUCAAGGAAGUUAUUGAUUUUUGAAUGCUCGACGCACUCGGAUAUCUCACUCAAAAUGUAUGUUGACUUUAUUGCUUCUCUCUUUCAUGGAGUGUACAAUUAUUGCACCAUUGGACUUUCAUUACAUACACCUGUAUUGUUGCUGCAAAGUUUGUACUUUUACGAACUUCACCUCACGACUUGUAACGGUCUGCUUUCUGUUUAUGUAGUCACCAUCGAUAACUUAUACGAAUAACACGAUUUCGACUUC